UGGAGUUAAGGGAAGGAAAGGCAAGUUGCAAGAUAAAAGAAAUUAACGGAAGCCUCAGAUACAAACAAUAAAAAGAGAGAGACAGAGAGAGAAGAGGCUUUCUUUUUAUUUUUUUUUAUGCUCCCGGACUUACACUUCCGGUAUCUGUGCAAGACUUUUUUUGUUCCCUGUGCAAGACUUUUUGUUCCCCUGUCAUGAGAGAAUACUAGAUUGCUCACUUUGGGACCAUGGUGCUACCGUCACGAUUGCACUGGAUCAGAAACAGACCAUGGAGGGACAGGAUUCGAAGACGGCAGCUCAACCGACUACCAGCCAGACUCCCAGAAAUCAUGUUGGUUGGAUCCCAGUCCUUCUCACCUGGAGGGCCCAAUGGAAUCAUUAGAAGUCAAUCCUUUGCGGGGUUCAGCGGCCUUCAGGAAAGAAGAUCCAGAUGUAACUCCUUCAUUGAAAAUUCUUCUGCUAUCAAGAAACCUCAGGCCAAACUGAAGAAAAUGCAUAACUUGGGACACAAAAACAACAACCCUUCCAAAGAACCUCAGCCUAAAAGAGUGGAAGAGGUCUACCGGGCCUUGAAAAAUGGACUUGAUGAAUAUCUGGAGGUCCACCAAACGGAGUUGGACAAGUUGACAGCUCAGUUAAAAGAUAUGAGAAGAAACUCUCGCCUGGGUGUGCUGUAUGACCUUGACAAGCAAAUUAAAGCAAUUGAAAGAUACAUGAGACGCCUGGAGUUUCACAUUAGUAAGGUAGAUGAACUUUAUGAAGCUUAUUGUAUCCAAAGACGGCUACAAGACGGUGCCAGCAAAAUGAAGCAAGCCUUUGCAUCAUCUCCUGCCAGCAAGGCUGCCCGGGAGAGCCUAUCCGAGAUCAAUCGGAGCUACAAAGAGUACACAGAGAACAUGUGCACCAUUGAAGUCGAAUUGGAGAGUCUACUGGGAGAAUUCUCUAUCAAGAUGAAAGGUCUGGCUGGCUUCGCUCGGCUCUGCCCUGGGGAUCAAUACGAAAUUUUCAUGAAGUAUGGCCGGCAGAGAUGGAAACUGAAGGGCAAAAUAGAAGUGAACGGCAAACAGAGCUGGGAUGGAGAAGAGAUGGUGUUCCUGCCCCUGAUCGCUGGGUUAAUUUCCAUCAAAGUCACAGAGCUCAAAGGACUGGCAACUCACCUCCUGGUAGGCAGCGUGACCUGCGAGACCAAAGAGCUGUUUGCAGCCCGGCCACAGGUGGUAGCUGUUGACAUCAAUGACCUUGGAACCAUCAAAUUGAAUCUGGAAAUCACCUGGUAUCCAUUUGAUGUGGAAGAUAUGACUGCGUCUUCAGGCACUGGGAACAAAACAGCAGCCCUCCAGAGGAGAAUGUCCAUGUACAGCCAGGGCACUCCGGAGACACCCACCUUCAAAGAUCAUUCCUUCUUUAGAUGGUUGCACCCUUCACCAGACAAGCCAAGGCGGCUGUCUGUCUUGAGUGCCUUGCAAGACACUUUCUUUGCCAAGUUGCACCGUAGCCGUUCUUUCAGUGACCUGCCCUCCCUCAGACUGAGACCCAAGGCCGUGCUAGAGUUUUAUUCCAAUCUGCCUGAUGACAUUUUUGAAAACGGAAAGGCAACUGAGGAGAAAAUACCACUGUCUCUCAGCUUCAGUGACCUACCCAAUGGUGACUGUCCCCUCACCCCCAACUCAGCUGGUGCCUCCUCCACCAUAUGUUUGGCAAAUCCAGAAAUUACCAUCACUCCUGCAGAGUUGAACCUCAGCAGCCUGUCCUCCCAGAAUCAGGUCCUGGAUGACACCAGUUCAGCAUCUUCUAGAAACUCUUCAGGAGAAGGCCCAGAGCUGAAGCCACACCUGGAAGAAGACACAGAGGGACCAAAACCCAAGGCCCAGCGAGCAUCCACAGGCUCUGAGCACCUGUUUCUUGAAAAGAAUGUUGCAGAGGCACUGCUGCAAGAGUCAGAUGAGGCCUCUGAGCUCAAGCCUGUGGAACUGGACACUUAUGAAGGCAACAUCACAAAGCAGUUGGUGAAGAGACUAACCUCAUCAGAAGUGCCCAUAGCUACAGAGAGGCUGCUCUUUGAGGGCUCUGUCAGUGGAGAAUCUGAAGGCUGUCGGUCUUUUCUAGAUGGAAGCUUAGAGGAUGCCUUCAGUGGGCUUUUCCUUGCAUUGGAACCACAUAAAGAGCAGUAUAAAGUGUUUCAGGAUCUGAACCAAGAAGUCAUGCAUUUGGAUGAUAUUCUGAAAUGCAAGCCAGCAGUAAGCCGAAGCAGGUCUUCCAGUUUAAGUCUUACAGUUGAAAGUGCUUUAGAAAGCUUUGAUUUCCUGAACACUUCUGAUUUUGAUGAGGAAGAAGAUGGUGAUGAGGUUUGUAAUGUUGGAGGAGGUGCUGACUCAGUAUUUUCAGACACUGAGACUGAGAAAAAUAGCUAUCGGUCUGUACACCCAGAAGCCAGGGGGCAUCUCAGUGAAGCACUGACUGAAGACACAGGAGUUGGCACAAGUGUGGCCGGAAGUCCUCUCCCAUUGACCUCAGGAAACGAAAGCUUGGACAUCACCAUUGUCAGGCACCUACAGUACUGCACCCAACUUGUCCAGCAAAUUGUUUUCUCAAGCAAAACUCCAUUUGUGGCAAGAAAUCUCUUAGAGAAGCUUUCAAAGCAAACCCUAGUGAUGGAGAAACUCUCAACUCUCAGCGAUGAACACAUAGGAAACAUAGGUUCUGUCAUUGAAGCUAUACCUGAAUUUCACAAAAAGCUGUCUUUGCUGGCAUUCUGGACCAAAUGCUGCAGCCCAGUUGGUGUCUACCACAGCUCUGCUGACAGAAUGAUUAAGCAGCUAGAAGCCAGUUUUUCCAGAACUGUCAACAAAGAAUAUCCAGGACUUGCAGAGCCAGUGUUUCGAACUCUAGUGUCCCAAAUUCUGGAUCGGACUGAGCCUCUGCUUUCCACCAGCCUUUCCUCAGAAAUCAUCACUGUUUUCCAGUAUUACAAUUAUUUUACCAGCCACUGUGUGAAUGACCUAGAGAGUUACCUGAACCAGCUAGCCAAACAAGUUUCCAUGGUUCAAACUCUGCAGUCACUAAGAGAUGAAAAAUUACUACAAGCCAUGAGUGACCUUGCACCCAGCAGCCUCCCAGCCCCACGGGAAGUUCUCAGGACCCUGGCUUUGCUGUUAACUGGGGAUGACAGUGAUGUCAGUGAGUCUGUGACACUUUAUUUGGCUGCGGCCUCCAGAAACAAGAACUUCAGGGAAAAGGCCUUGCUCUAUUACUGUGAAGUACUAACAAAGACAAAUCUCCAGCUCCAAAAAGCAGCUUGCCUGGCCUUGAAAAGUCUUGAGGCUACUGAAAGCAUUAAAAUGUUGGUGACUUUGUGUCAGUCUGACACUGAAGAAAUCAGAAAUGUGGCCUCAGAAACUCUGCUGUCUCUUGGAGAAGAUGGGCGGUUGGCAUAUGAACAGUUGGACAAAUUUCCACGAGACUGUGUUAAAGUUGGAAGUCGCCAUGGAACUGAAGUUGCCACGGCUUUUUAAUUACAAGUGAACUCUGCCUACUAGCUGUCUUAAUAAAUGGCCCUUUUAAAUAAGAUGGUGCUGUGAUUUAGCUGGAAUGUUUUUAAAACUUGAAUAUUUCUGUUUAGGUUGUUUGAAAAUGUCAGCAUGUAAUAGAAAGAAUUCAAUAUCCAGUUUCACAGUUCCCAUCCAAUUUCUCCUUUGGCCAAUAGAACAGGGCUAUGGAUUAAUUCAGUAGAUUACAUCACUGAUUGUGUCUGACAAUACAUAGAGAAAAAAAACAUUAAAAGAUGUAUGGAAUUUUUAAAAAGCUAUCUUUGUACUUUUUUGGAAUUUCUUCUAUAAGCUUGAUAUAGUCAUGUGAUGUUCUUUGAUAAAUAUCAAAUGCCUUGCAGUUUUUCUUUGUUGUGUUCUCAGGGUUGAGUGGUCCCCUUAGCUAUCUAAUUUUAUCUAAAAUGUAAACCCCCCAAAAAGAAAAUAAAAAUUCUUCAAAUAAAAGUUUGCUUGUUGAAUCUAGUGCAAUUGUAAAUUGUAAGACUGAGGUCAUUGUUUUUCUUUGCCCAAACCUCUAAGUGUUUCUUUUGUUCUGGUUUGGUUUUUCCUCCAUCCUGGCAAUGCCAAGAGCAUGUUUCCAUUAUAGUGAAAGAUCACAGAUAACUAAAAGCUACCUUAUUAAGAUAUAUCCAUUUCCAUUUUUAAAAACAGACUCAGGGUUAGGGAGAUAGUAUAAUGGUUAUGCAAAAAGUCCCCAGGUUCAAUCCCCAGCACCACCAUAAGCCGCUUGUGCUGAGCAGCACUCUGAUAAAAAUAAUAUAUAUAUAUAUUAAAUUUUUAAAAAAUUUAAAACACACUCAAUGAUUAGACUUUCAAAAAAUCCAUUUUUAUAAUGCCUUUAUAAUAGAUGCAUUUUGUUGCUAAGGUAAAUCAAAACCAAAAGUCAUGCAUGGAUUGAGAAAGCUGUGGUGCUUUUAAAGAUACAAGAACCUGGAAGUUGGAAGAAUCCUAACAGAAGAGCAAUAGUACUACUCAAAGUAGUCUUUGCUUCUAUCAAAAUUACUGUAAAGUUAAGAAGAAGAAUGAAUGACCUGAGGAAUAGUUCCUGCCCCAUAGAAAUCACUUACUACUGGCCAAAUAUCAAUAGUUAAAUCCACAAUUGCAGUUAUUACUAUGAUGUAACUGUAUGAUGGUAACAAGUACACAAAAAAUUACAAAACCAUUCAGUAGUUUUUAUUAAAUGUUUUCUUCCUCUUAAGAAUAUAUAAGAUGGGAUAUGCCAAGAUGUCAAAAUAAUAUAUGUCUAUAAUUUAAACUGUGUCAUAUCAAUUGUACUCUGGAAGUGUUUAUAUAAAAUAUAAUUUAGAUAUCAUUUUAAAUAUUUACACUUUAGAAAAACUUUUAUUUCAUUUUAAAGUAAAAAAAAAUGUUUGCCAGCAUCCCUGGCAAAUAGUUCUCUGAACUGUGAAGUUAUCGUGUACUUGUAUAUUUGUAUAUUUAUAAAUAUUAUAUAAAUACAUAUAUCCUUCUCUUAAAAGGUGUAUUGUACAGUCUAUACAGUUUUUAUGUAUAUUCUAUAGUUCCCAUUAAAUGGUUGGAAUGAUUCUUUUUAUAGAAGGUCAAAUCACAAUAAUUAUAGUUUUUGUUUGGCUUGUGUCUUUUUUAUUUUUUGAAUAAUGCAUGAGUAAUCCCAUAUCUUUUGUAUUCACUCUGUAUUUUAUUUUUGGUUGAAGGGGUGCUUUCAGUUUUGUGGCAUUUGUAUUCAUCACUCUUUGAAUCACAUAAGUCAAAAUAAAAAUUAUUUUUAAUUACUAAUCUCAUGCACAGUUUUUUCACAACCUCUAAUUGGUAUUUACUACGUGUUACAUUUCAUUCUAAUGUAUUCCUACUCUUAUCUUGAAAUUUCUUUGUCUAUAACUGAAGAUAAUGACAUUUACAUGUGAGAUCUGUGGUGAUGCUAAAUGUAUUAUAAGAAAUUGUGACUCUGACUUCCUGGAGAGUAAAAAGAAGUCUGCAUUCAUUUGUAUGUGUUCUCAAACUACCACCAAUGCCAUCACAACAGAAUGCCGAAGAUUCAGUUCUGAAAGUAAAUAUUACUAAGUGACUCACUAAAUAUGAGUGUUUGUGAAACUGUUGUUCUAAAGGGAUGGAGCUACCUGACAUGAAUAAAUUGGGUUAAAAA